CGCGCCUUCGGAUUACCUUCGAUAAGAUUGCAAAAACUUGAUUGCCACUGCUAUGGAAGUUAAUAUAAAAAACAUUGAUUUUCGGCCCGGAUUUCGGUGGCAGCUUCGGCCAAAAAACCUGAGAUCAACCUUCAGCCUCGCUACUGCCUCGCCUUCUCACCGUCCUCGAUUUACUAUCUUCCAAUAUUACCCUCAAGAUACUGCCGUCAACCUUCAAUCAAGCUCAACAAAUAUAGGUUAGGCAUCUCCCACACACAUUCGUGCAUCAUGCCGCCCACAUCGGGUCCAGUCGUCGAUGCUACGCAAGGCUAUGGCCACUUCUACUUCGCACCUCCUUAUUUCACACGCGGCUAUCGGUCUUCGUCACGUUGCAAUCGUCCCAUCAAGGUUCACAAAAAUCCAAAAACAAUCAAUGAGCCGAGCCCGUUCGAGACCUGUCUGCCGCAGUUCCCGUUCACGAAGCUGCCCGUGGAGAUCCGUCACAUGAUCUACAAUCUGCUCUUGGCUGCCUUAACUGAAGACCGCUCUGGAUUGCAAUUUAGAGAGGAGUUCCCUGGAGUGGCGAUGGGGCAGGGCUUCCGAUUCAAGCGUCCUUACUAUGAGGUCGAGAUCAAGGAAGUUCGUGUUCCGCACUUCGAUGAGGAGUACUAUGGCCAUCCGGAUCGCGGCUCUAACUGCGCACCCCCGGGCACAUGCGACGACCUUGAUAUGAAAGAAUGCCAGGCCAUCCAUCAUCUAUCUCAUGUUAGCCGGCAAUUUACCUCGGAACUCGGAGAAUGCUUAUGGGGAAAUGCAAUCAUUAAUAUCCAAUGCCCAGAUUUCUUCUUUGAUUUCUUCGAAGAUCGACCUCAGAUUUGGAAGCACAUCAAGGGCCUUUCCCUUUUCAUCUAUUGGACCAACAUAGAUGAUUCCGCCAAUUUUGGGGCUCUUCUCCUCAGGAUUUCGAAGUUCGUCUCAGGACACCUCGAUCUUCGUGUUUUCUCUAUCCGUAUGGUUCCGGAUUACCAUGGAUUGACUGAUCUUUCCAGGUUCGAACGCUUGAAGAGCUGGAUCACCGCCUUCCGAGGCCUCAAAAUUGGAGAAAAGUUCACGGUACAUAUUGAAACAUCCACUGCAAUGUCAAACCUGGAUCACAGGGUAAACGAGCUUAGCAGAAGGCUUUCGGCUUUGUGGCUACCAGACUCGCUAAGGGCGGCUAAGGUGAAGGCGUAAGGACACCAUUGGGCGUCUAGUCACUCAUGCUGAUGUCGAUGUUUGCUCUCGUUACCUCAGGAUUUGGGCUUCCUGAUAACUCUGGGCGAACAAAAUUCGGCGAGCAUUUCCCUG